AUGACUUCACGUGAACAUAGGGCUGCCUUAAAAAAGUGGAGGGAGCAUUGUGCUGCUUACCGGGCCAAACAAAAGGAUGCGACAGUGGCUCUCAAUACACCGCGUGCAAACAUGCUUUCAUCUGAUCAAGGGAGCCCUUGUUCAUCUGCAGGAUGCAACACCUCAGUUUCCAUUGACUUUCCUAGUAACCAGAUCCCUACGGUAACGGCUAUCAAUUCACAUCGAAGAAGGCAAGCCAAAAAGCGGAGAGAAAAAGUGAAUAAGGAAAAGGAUGAGAAGAUAGAAGCUCUAAAGAAAAAAGUAGAUAAAUAUAGGAAAAGAAUAACAAGAUUACAAAAUAGAAGUAAGAAAAAUAAAGCAGACACACCCAACACUAAAAUGCAGAAGAUGUUGAAUGAACCUGGAGGUAGAAAAGAAGUGGUUAAGAAAGCGUUGUUUAGCGACUUUUUAAAUGAUGAACAACUCAAAGAAAAUUAUUCAAAUUUAAAAUGUAUUAAAGAUAAACAAAUAUUUACGAAAGUCUUGUCUGGAGUUCGAUUACAAAAGUACAGGCGGUGUAUACCCAGAGACUGUGGUGUUUUGUAUAGAGGUGUUCAGAGUACAAAACGUUAG